AUGGCCGACGAUUCGGCCGGGGCUAGCCAAACCGGUGGUGCAAGCUCAGGGAAUCAGACAACGGACAGUCCGCGCAGAACAUUGGACGAUGUGAUGAGAUCGCCAUCGAUAAAUCCUCCUGGCGUCGUAGUGUUGGACAGCCUACAUGCGGAGAAGAGCCGCAAGAAUGCCUUGAAUCCGCGGGAAGACUUGUGGCUGUCCUCGGCAGACGGUCGCUACAAUUCGCCCAUUAUACCGUUGGAAGUCGGUACCUAUCCGGACGCUCAGACGUUUUAUGUUCACAAGAAUGUCCUUACCAAGACGGAUUAUUUCAAAAAGGCCCUUUGCGGCAGCUUCAAGGAGGCCGCGACACAAUCCAUCAAUCUACCAGAGGAGGACCCGGCGAUAUUUCACUUCAUUGUUGCCUUCUUAUACGAGGACAAAUAUGUUCCAAUCAAGCCAAUUGCGUCCGCUCUGGUACCCGAUGAAAAAGGAAAGGGGCUCAGUGGGGACGACGAACUAAUGACUUCGGACUCGGACUCUAGCGGCGCCGGUGACGAUGCAGCAAGUGACUCGUCCAGUGCACGAAGCCGGAGGCGCCGCGCAAGGCGUCGGAGAAGAGAGGAUCGCCACUGGGAAAUCAAUAGACAAAAGCAUCCCGGGUCGCACCGGAUCGGAUGCGGCUGUCGCCAAUGUCUUGCUGGGGGCGGACCUCCCUGCUGGCAUUGCCUGGCCCCUCGUAUCCCCCCGCCUCCACCGCCCGUGAUGCCGAUUCAUCCCGUCGGCGCCCCCAACGUCGUGGUCGUCAAUGACGGGCGGAGGGUGCGCAACAACAACAACCGCACCCGCGACCGGUCGCGCAUCGCGUCGCCCCAGCCGCCGAAUCAUCGCAGCAACAGCGGCGGCAGCAGCAGCAGCAGCAGUAGCGGCGACCGCAUCCAGGGCGAAGACUUGCGAUCGUGGCUGCUCACCUAUGAGCUGAACCUCGACGUCUAUGUCUGCGCCAACAAGUUCCUCCUCGAGGACUUUAAGCAGGCCAUUGCGCGGUGCUGCAUUGACAUGCUCGAGUCGGCCGGCGCCGACGCGGCGCAGACAAAGGUCCUCGAGCUGUGCGCAAAGCUGUUUGCGGGACUGCCCGAGUCGGACCCUCUACUCAAGAUGGUGUUUGCGCGCGUGGGCUUUUUGCAGCCGCUGCUCUGGAGGCAUUGCCCCGAGGAGACGUCGGCCUUUUUGCUGGCGCACCCCGAGAUCUCGCUCCUGAUAUUAAAGGAGACGGCCAACCGGCGCGAGCUGGAUCAUGGCAUUAGUCAACUGCCGCCCAUGGAGCGACCUUUCCUCCCGCCUCCGUUUGAUAGUCCUUAUGCGAGACCCAUUGCGCCCAUGCAUCAUCGGGCUAGAUGGUAA